UGUUCCCCCUGCAGUUCAAUGUGGUCCAGCUGGGGCUGUAGCGCGGCGGCCGGGCUUUUGGGGGCGCUGUCCGCCUCCUCCGCUAAACUUGCCCUGGGUGCGGAUUAUAUGAGGGACCUGUGUGCGGUUACAGUAGGGGAGCGGGCAGAUGUCUGCGAGUGGGUCCACCUCGUCCUCCGCCUGGGCUGUGCCGGCCUGGUGUUGCUGUGUAAUGCCGCCAUGUGGACCUUCUUUGCAAAAGCUUUAAGAUAUUCUUCAUCCUCAGCUGCUGCCACUGUGACAACCACCGCUUCAAAUUUUGUGUCUUCAGCUGUCCUUGGCAAAGUUCUGUUUGGAGAAUCGCGCGCUUUGCUCUGGUGGGUUGGAAUUUCAAUUACACUGUGUGGAUUGGUUUUACUUCACACGUCAUCCUCAAAAACCGAAGAUUCAAGAAAAAAGGAGAACUAACUGACUAUAGACCUCUGGAGACAAACCGAAAACGUUCAAGAUACCUCCUUCUAUUGUGAAGAAAAUAUGCUGGCCGAAAAGCCUGGGCUUCCUUCCCAAAUAACCCCAUUUACGUCAAUGGAAAAGAUUUUCAGCCGCAGAAGUUUCUACAACAGAUCUGCCACCGGUGAAUCUCCCCUUAAACUAGAACUACUCUUUCCAUUCAUUCUUCACUGAUAAAAGAGCGUUACCUUAUUUAUCAAAAAUCAAAUAAAUGGACCAAAAUGUUA